CGCGCACAACCCUCCUGGCUCGUCGCACUUGUAACGCGUAUAGGUUUGCGCGUAUACGGCGGCUGGCCAGUGUCUCGCUGAACCAGACCGAGGCUCCAUAGAGAGCCUUAGCCAUGACGGCGUAUGCGCGUCUCGCACUGUCUCUCAGACCUGGGAGUGACUAUGGAUCACAGGGUAGUAGUGUGAUAAAUGCGCAAGCAUUCCACUCCCCUUUCCGAAGCCUUGUCUCCGCUGCGCUACCCAAUCAGACAGGUAUUUGGGCCUGGGGCUAGCCUGGGCCGCGCACUAUAAAAUCGACGACCAGCCGGAGCAGGGGUGGGUGUAAGGGCGCUUCCCAACCGGGGAUGUCGUUCCCAUCCACUCUGAGCUCUCGAUUGUAGACUCACGCAUUUUAUGGGAGUAUAUAUUGCAAGCAGCCCGAAGGGUCGGCAUUAGUAGUGAGAAUACCAUGACUCUCGCUCACCCUGAGGAAACAUACCCUUGCAACAAAGCUAACGACAUGUGUCCUGGCUUUACGAAGUCCAAUGCGUAGGGCUGACAACCGUCGCAGGACCCGCGAGUCUGAUUCGUGCAAGAUACCUGGAGAUAUUGGCUCUGAAUGACAGUUGAACAAGGUUAGGGUGAAACAUAGCUGGAGUAUGAUGCGCAUUACAGACUUUUAGUCACUUAGCCUCUCAUACUCAAGCCGCACAGCUACCUCCUCGUGGUACUCCUGGGCAUCUGAUUCCGUAACCAGCCGGAAACAGAUGGCUAAAUGCUGUCGCGACGUUAUGGGGUUCUCCGACACACACCGUAACCUCUAGGUCAUGUCUCUAGGAGCCGGGGGUCUUGGCUUCACCGCCUGGGCCGCGAGGAAGGUUAACCUCUAUAAAAAAUCCCUCUAAUCUCAAGCUGUGAUCCGCGGUGAGGGGAUGCAUGACUGGGGAGGGAACGCAAGUUUAGCCAGCCUUCAGCGGCUUCACUCCGGGGCAUCUGCCGACCCCUCGGAACAAUAGGCUUACCCUCGGCACGGGAGCUCUGCCAGGGCGGACUUUCUUUCUCGUCAUACUCGUGGGAACAUUAUGAAUGAUACCAAAACACAAAAACUGACUGUAAAGAUUCAAGAACUGAGGAGCAAAAACGUGGACACAAGAGACUUGGAGAAGAACCUUUCUGUAGUGGACUCCAUAGGCGGAUCUCCGCCUAGGCCCGCUCAAACACCUAGAAUCGAGAUUGUAGAAUGUCGAAGCGGACACUUGGGAUCCAUAUCCCCUACAAACAUUGAAGAGGCAAGAGAGAUGGAAAGCAACGACGAUGCUGCGGGCGGGGGCACGCUUGAGGAAGUCCGUAUAGAGAGAACAAAGCUGGAAGGAUUUCUUUUUAACGAAUGUAACAAGAUUUCUAGAGCGGCAAUCCGUUUUAUAUUAGACAAAUGGGCAGACAUGGAACACAGGCUACAAAAAGAAAUUGUAGAAAAAGAAAAAUACCAAGCGCUAUAUGAAAAUAGAGUUAGAGAAAAUAAAACGGGAACACUGUACUCGGAAAUGGCUGCCAAGCCACCAACAGGACCUUACCAAGCAAUUAAAAAACCAGUAAAAGAAAGAAGUACAAUCUCAGGAAAAGAAGUUGUACUGAUAAAACCUGAGACGGAAGCAGAAGACUUAAGAACGAACAAAGAGAUUAAGGAACAAGUGAUAAAGAGUCUAAGGCACGUCAAAGAAAGAUUAAAAAUAAGAAGUAUUAAACAAAUGAGAAGAAAAGGCUUAAUUAUAGAGGUAGAUAGCAAAAAGGAUGUAGAAGCGUUAAGCAAAGUAGAUCUAAGUAAAAAACAACUGAAGAUUGAGCAACCAAAGAAAUUUCUCCCAUCACUAAUUGUGUACGAUGUGGAAAAAGAAUUAAAAGAAGACGAAAUUUUGCAAAACUUAAUUAACAAAAACUUCGACCAUCUAAGCGAUGUAGAAUUAGAUAAACUUAAGGAAGUCGUAAAAGUAAGAUACCGGUACAGGAAUAGAGAAAACCGCUUAAACUGGAUAAUUCAGAUGCCUGGAAAAUAUCUUAGCUACAUUGUGAACAAGGGCAGAGUCUAUAUGCAGUGGCAGACGUAUAGAGCCAGGGAGUAUAUAAACAUCUCGAGGUGUUUCAAAUGUCACUCCCAUGGGCAUGUGGCUAAGAUAUGUACAAACCCGGACCAACUCUGUGAAAUUUGUGGCAGUAAGGAACAUCUGAAGAAGGAAUGUGAUAAAACAGAGGAGCCCAGAUGCAUGAACUGCAUCCGUACCAGGAGAAAAGAAAACCGACACAGUGUAAGAAGUAAAGACUGCCCGGAAUACUUAAAACAAGUGGACCUGUACCAUAAUAAAACAAAAUGGGACUAAAACUGGCACAAAUAAACGCGCAAAGAUCGCGAGCGGCGGCUGUAAACCUAGAACUUGUUUUCAGGGAAUACGACCUGGAUAUACUAUGUAUCCAGGAACCAUACAUAUACAAAGGGAAAACAAGAGGCUAUACAACACCAGGUCUGAGAGUUGUACAACCAAACAAGGAAAACGUGUGGGUCGCUGCCGUUGUCAAAGAAAAUAAAAUGGACGUAUUUCAAAAUAUAGAGUUAGAAUCGGAGCAUAUCAUGUGCUUCCAAGUCGGUACCA